UCAUCCCUAAAAGAAGGAGUGACAUAUUGUAAUGCUUAAUUGGCAGUGGCGCAAGGGUUGUUGCUUACAUUCUUAAUCUAGGGAUUAUAAAAGACAACUCCAUGCCUCUAAGGAGAGGAAAAGCACUCUGCACUUAAACAAUCUGAGGAUACUGGAAAGAUUCCAAGAGAGAGAGAGAAAAGGAAGAAAGGGCAGGAGAAUGGUGGGCCUCUGGAUAUCUUUACUUGUUCUUCUGGUGGGUCUUCUGGUUCGGUCCUAUCUGAAACUGCUGACAAAACACAGAAAGUUUCCACCUGGACCCCUUCCUCUGCCUCUCAUUGGAACCCUGUGGUGCACUGGGAUCAGAUUUUCUACAGAUACUCUCACAAAGGUCACUCAGAAAUAUGGAAACUUUGCCACAAUAUGGGUCGGGCAUUAUCCCAUCGUAAUUAUGUCUGGAUUCCAAAUAGUGAAAGAAGGCCUGAUCAACCAUUCAGAAGAGCUAGCUGACCGACCAGUAACUUAUUUUGUUUUACAUGCCUUUAAAAGAAAAGGCAUUGGAUUUGCAAAUGGUCAUAGCUGGAAACAACAGAGACGAUUUGGCAUAAUCACUAUGAGGAAUCUGGGGCUGGGGAAGAAAGGAAUGGAGUUCCAAAUUGAAGAGGAGGCCCGACGGCUUGUGGAGGCCUUUUCACAAACAAAUGGGCAGCCACUUGACCCUUCACUGCUGAUCAGCAAUGCCAUCUCCAGUUUGAUAAGCACUGUGAGCUUUGGAUACAGAUUUUCCCAUGAAGAUGAAAUGUUUCGGAAACUGAUGGGAAGCAUUGAUUCCUUAGCGCAAUUUGGAGUCUCCUUCUCUCAUGCUGUAAGUCAUCUCUUCUUUUUUGCCAAGAAGGAAAGUAUCACUAUUCCAGAAUCGGCAUAACGUUUGUGUGCCCAAGUAGACACCCAGUGUUAGCAUUUGGAUAUCCCUCAGGGAAAAGGGACACAUGGAUUAAUGAAGGAAUCCUGAAGGACCCCUGAAAUGGACACAUUUGCCUAUUUUGGAGGUCCUUCACAAUGCCUUCAUUGACCUAUAUCUACAGUAACAUAGCCAGAUGUUUCUUGACCAUCACUCACUCUCCAUUGGCCACAACAUGGCUAGGUUGGUGGGCAGCAAAGUGUUUAAGGGGAUGUUUAAGAAUCUAGAGGGUACUAGCUGUGCCCGGCCACGCGUUGCUGUGGCGUUGUCUGGUGGUGUUGGUGAGAAAUGGUUGAGGUAGUGGUGGUAUUGAAUAUCUGUUGUAUGGUUGUCUUUAUGUUGAGUAUGCACACUGAAGUGGAUUAUAUGGCAGUGUGGAGUCAAGAUAAUCCAGUUCAAAGCAGAUAAUAUAAGAUUCUAAAUGGGUUAUAUAGCUGUGUGGAAGAGCCUUGA